CCAGUUUCGUUGUAUACAUGAUGUACAAUGACAAUAAAGGCUACACUAUACUAUUAUACACUCUGCUGGUAGCAAAGGUUGGAAAAGUGUGGUCUCCCAAAAUAACUGAGUUCUGUGGAAGAUUGCAGAUCAGGUUAGCAGGUUCUUCAGGUGUUCCUGCAUGGACAUCAAUCAGGUUCUUCAGGUGUUCCUGCAUGGACAUCGUACUUCCUCAUUCAGAUGGGGCUGCUCUCCUUUUGACCACUACAUUUGAUGGCUCUCUUCUUUCUCUUUUUUUUCCAGGCAGCAUCAUUAAUUUUGCUGGGAUUCUUCUGGAAUGCAGCCUCUGCUUCCUUCCAGAUUUACAGCAUCCCUAGUAUGAAUGGUGAUUACAUCCAGCAGACAGUCACCAUAGACAAUGAGAAGAAAGUAGCCAUCAUCCACGUCCACGAGGGGUCCUGCUCUUCUGAUACAAUUUUUGACUAUAAGCAU